CCUUUGGGUCGCUCUGGUUGAGCGUUUGUGCCAAACGUGUGGCUUUUAAUUGCUGUUAUUAAAUAAAUCAAUUCUCUUCUUCCUCUGAUUCUUCAGAGGUUUUGACUGGCAUUCGUAAUUGAUACGUUUGGGGUUAAGGCAUUAUGUGUGAACCGUUUCCGAACCCCUAAUGCUGAUUUCAAGCACAUAAUACAUGCACAGAUAACCAUUAGCCCACUCUAACAGUCGGACGUGGUUUAAUAAUGACUGAAAUUCUUAAAGUCUAAAUGUUGUUUUGGCAGGCUAUUGGUUGCGGUUGUCAUGGUGAAGAGAAGAUUGAGUGAUGCUUAUGGGAUGGAGCGCGUACAUUUAAAGGCUGUUUCGAUGGGGACUUUGGAAAUCCGGAGCACAUUCACCACAGUCAUGUCUACGGGUCGCAGUGAGGAUUUUACCAACAAGUCCAGAGAAGUUACAAGCGACGUUUGCAUGAUUUCAUCAGAACUUGUGAAUGGCCGAUUAGAUCCUGCUUCUCCGUCUGCUUUACCCCAAGCAAUGGCUUCUGAUGCUUUUCAAGGCAAAGUAGUUUGCACGGGGUGUAGAGAUGACAUCCUAGACAGGUAUCUACUUAAGGUAAAUGACUUGUGCUGGCAUGUGCGAUGCCUUUCAUGCAGUUUGUGCCAAACCACUCUCAGCGGAAACACAACCUGCUAUGUUAGAGGGCGAGAGGUCUUCUGCAAACUAGAUUACUUCAGGUAUCGGACAUGGUGCUCGUGCUGUGGGGAAACGGUUCAAUCUUCGGACUGGGUACACAGGGCGAAGGGAAACGUUUACCACCUGGCAUGCUUCUCGUGCUUCUCCUGUAAGAGGCAGCUGUCCACAGGCGAGGAGUUUGCUUUGGUCGGGCAAAAAUUGUUUUGUCGAAUCCAUUACGACAGCAUGCAGGACAAACUCAAAGGGGCCUCUGAAAAAGGUUGUGAGAUAAACCAAAAGCCGUCAAAAAGAGCACGUACCAGUUUCACUUCUGACCAGCUACAGGUUAUGCAGGCUCAGUUUGCUCAGGACAAUAACCCAGACGCACAGACACUUCAGAGGCUUGCUGAACAGACUGGGCUUAGUCGACGCGUCAUUCAGGUUUGGUUUCAAAACUGUCGUGCCCGUCAGAAGAAGAACAUCUCUCCCCCUCAUUCAGGAAUAUCGGCAGGAGGUCUGUCGUCACUCCGGGUGGUUCCCAACCUAAAUGAACUGCAUUAUACAGACACAUCCAUGCUUACAGCCUUACACAGCAUCUGCAUCGAUGGUGAGAUUUGAGGGAAUUGUAGUACAAUUAGCCAAGUACUAUUUAAAGAGUACUUUAUCAGUUUUUAGUGUGGAAAACUGUUCUGAUAUAGCAGAAAUACUGGAAGAAUUUGCUGAUUUGAUGAAAACUGCAAAUGGAAAGGCAAAAACAUAUCUUUCCUCCUUAUUUCAAACUGAGGAAAUCACCACCCAAUACCAAUCCAAGACACAAUAGCGAUGUUCAAUUCACGAAGGAGCAGAUUUCCAAUGAACCUGCCAAAUUGGUUCUUAAAGCGCAUUGAAAGAUUCAUUUGAGAAUCAGACUGAUCCGAUUGCAGCUGUUCUUGAGUCAACAACUAACUGAUUUAAUGAUUGGGUAAAAAACUUGACACUUGACUUGGACCUCAAAGACUUG